AUGGUUAAUAUCGUCCUAUCGCCUACAUUAUCAACUGGAAUGUCUCCCUCCUCAGCAACCAGCAACUUUUGCGGUCUUCCUCGUCCCUCAAUCUCCCACUCUCAUUCCAAAUCUCACGAACCAAUAUCAGAUGCAAGUUCGACUACCUCCUCCAAAUUUCGCAAACAAUUAGUAGCAAAUGCUCGACCUUUACUUCUCCGACGUCGAGAUAGCACAAAUACAACCCACAGUAUUCCAUCGUUAAACAACAAAUCCAAGCUCAGUACCAGUACCAGUACCAGUACUUCCUACGAAAAUCAUACCUCCUCUUCUACCUCACCGAUCCCACCAUCACGAAACCUAAAAUUAAAAAAAUCACAACCACCAUACACCAAUUCGCCCAACUUUUCUCUGCCCCUCAAUAAUAGCAAUAAUCCCAAACGAAAAUCUACAGAAUUUCAAUGGGGCGCGCGAAGAUCAAUUGAGUGUGAUUCUCGAAUACUUGGGAUGAAACACGAAGUAUCAGUAGCCACACGACCAAUCCCGACCCUGCCGAUCCCACUUCAGUCCCCAAAACCCCACCUCUCGCGAUUCCAGAAACCAUCAAAAGAAAUUUUGAGUCCAACGUCGACUUCUACAUCUUCACCUCCUUAUUCUUCUUAUUCUCGAAAUACGGAGAGUGUGGAAAAUACGGGUAACAAUACGGGUAUAUCAACAACUACAUCCACAUCCACAUCCGCACCGGCGAAACCUCCAAACCUAGUAAGAAGCGAACAACCGACUUUAGAUCUGGAAGAAAACUCCAGAGAUAUCAAAGAAAAUUUGGCACCACAAGAACAAAUCGAUUACACGAGUUCGGCAUUGGGAAUUAGAAUGGCUAGUUCGGUUGGCAGUGAGAGGGGAACACCAGAGGUGAUUCCGAGACCAAUUGCGCAUCCACCAAAAGAUUGGCCCCCGGAGGGCCAGCGGAGCGUCAUUUACAAGGCUUUCUUUUGA